AUGGUUGUCGUUCUUCGCCUGGCAUAUAACAAGUUCCGGCCCGGCGUGAGAGCAAUACCAGGUCCAUUCGCAGCAGCCUAUACCAAGCUCUGGCGUGUGUAUGAUGUGUGGAACGGCACGGCCCAUCUGACUGCGAUUAAACUCCAUCGCAAACACGGACCCCUCGUCCGGGUCGCACCUAAUCAUGUUUCGGUUGGAGAUCCAGACUACAUCCCGGUCUUCUACAACAUCAAAGAAGACUAUACAAAAACCGGCUUCUAUCCCAUCCAGUGCAUCUCCUGGAAGAAACGACCAGAAAUGAAUCUCUUCUCCACGCGCGACCCGGAAGAACAUCGCAUUGGCAAGCGCAAAAUCGGAGCCGCAUACUCUUUGCCGAACCUCUUGCAAUCCGAGGCCGCUAUCGACUCAUGCAUCGAGCUUUUCAUGUCCCGACUCAACGAGCUCACCUCCCCAGACGGCGUUAUCGAUCUUGGUGCUUGGCUGCAAUACUUCGCCUUCGACGUCGUCGGCGAAGUGACUUUCGCCUCGAAACUGGGUUUCCUCGAACGCGGCGCCGACGUCGACGGCAUGAUGAAAGCCAUAGAGGGUAUGCUCACUUAUGCUGCCCUCUGCGGGCAGGUUCCCGAAUACCAUAAAUACCUGCUCGGCAACCCACUGUUCUCCCUCAUAUUGCCGGCCAUGGAAACCUGGAACCAAGUUUUGGUCUUCACCCUCAAGGCCAUCAACUCGCGCGCCAGCAUCAAACGUGAUGGUGAGCUGAUCAAUGCCGACACUGAAGGUCGCGAUAUGCUGUCCCGAUGGGGUAAUACUAAUCGCGUUCACCAAAACCAGAUGACCACGCGAGACAUAAUCGUGCACCUCUCAACCAACGUCUUCGCCGGCAGCGACACCACCGCCAUCUCGCUCCGCGCCAUCAUCUACUUCCUCUGCCGCCACCCUUCCCAGCGCGCCGAGAUGGUCGCCGAGAUCGACGCCGCCGACGCCGCCGGCAAGCUCUCCCACCCCAUCAGCUACAAGGAAGCUACCACGGAUCUGCCCUACCUGGGCGCCGUGAUCCGGGAGGCAAUGCGCCUGCACCCCUCGGUCGGGCUGCUCAUGGAGCGGCACGUCCCCCCCGGCGGUCUUGACAUCCAUGGCCAUCACUUACCAGCGGGAACGGUGGUGGGCAUCAAUCCGUGGGUGACCAACCGCAACGAGCGGGUUUUUCCGGACCCCGAAGCAUUCAAGCCCGAGCGCUGGCUGGAGGCGAGUGAAGUGGAUCGGAAACGGAUGGACUCGCUGUGGGAGCUGAACUUUGGUGGCGGGAGCAGGAAGUGUAUUGGGCGGAACAUCAGCUGGAUCGAGAUCUCCAAGGUGAUUCCCGAGCUGUACCGACGUUUCGAGAUCAGUCUGGCGCACCCGGAGAAGGAGUGGAAGAUCACCAAUCAUUGGUUCGUGCAGCAGGAGGGCGUCGAGUGCAUCUUGCGGAAGAGAAAGCCUUUUUGA